GGUAGGCCAUAUUUGACAGUGGCACUAGUCUAGCGAAGUGAGUGCGUGAAGAUCGUUCCUCGUUCGACGGUCCGCGAAUUAUUCAACCGACAACUUGUGUAAAUACUCGCGAUCAUUUAUUGAGCGAGGAGUCCAUAGAGACGUACUCAAUUAAGUACAGAUAGAAGAUUAUUCUACACACAAAACACACAAGAUGAGUACGUUUCCAGAGGACGCACCCAUUUACGGGCCCUUUUUCGGUGUAAUGGGCGCUGCCUCUGCCAUUAUAUUUUCCGCUUUGGGAGCAGCUUAUGGCACAGCUAAAUCAGGUACUGGCAUCGCAGCGAUGUCAGUUAUGAGGCCAGAACUUAUUAUGAAAUCCAUCAUUCCUGUUGUCAUGGCUGGUAUUAUUGCCAUUUAUGGACUGGUAGUUGCAGUUCUUAUUGCCGGUAAUCUAGACGAACCACCAAAAUACCGUCUCUAUAACGGUUUUGUCCACCUGGGUGCUGGCUUAGCCGUAGGUUUUUCUGGUUUAGCUGCAGGAUUUGCCAUUGGUAUUGUGGGAGACGCGGGUGUAAGAGGCACUGCACAACAGCCUCGUCUCUUUGUCGGUAUGAUCUUAAUUCUCAUCUUCGCAGAAGUAUUGGGUCUCUAUGGUCUCAUCGUUGCCAUCUAUUUGUACACAAAAUAAACAGCGCGUAAAGAGGCAAGAAUGCAAGACUUGUCGCCUGCAAACCAACAACGCUCCCCUAAAACUAUUCAAAUAUUGCAACUUUGUUUCGACAUUUUACUUAAUCAUAUAUACAACAAAAAUACAUGCAUACAUACAUACACACACACACAGAGUUACAUACACAAACAUAUUAAUCUUCGUUCAUGAUCCGUAUCGCCUUAUCACUUGCGCAUACUUCUGUAAUGUUAUUAUUCAAACUACCAUAAUGUGUUAGAACUCUCUCUCGUGCAUUUAAAAAUAACACAACGUCUCUACACAAAUUAUUGAAAUGUGAAAGAUGUGUUGUAUCUUUAGCGGAAGUAUUGCAAUGCAAGUUAAAUGGCUGCGACAAGUCGAGAGAUACAUAAGAAAUGACAUUAUUUGGAAGUAACGAAAAUCAUUAUUAUUAUUAUUAUUUCGAUCUGACGAUAGGAAGA